GAGUUAUAGCAUGAUGAGACCAAGUAAUAAAGUAAUAAAUUGGUUACAGUCCUAGUUUCCUACAACAAGUAAAAGUCCAACAUUAUUUUAUUAGUAUACCAAACUCCAAAAUAUUUUAAAGCUCCUAGGCUGUGUCUGUCCCCUACUAUUUAUAACUCUCACGAGGCCUUGCAACAGAACCAGGAACAUGAAUUUUCUUCUAAUCACCACCAUAUCUGUCUCAACAUUGUGUGCUCAGUCCCUCAAAUUCUAGGAGAAAAUUAAACCCACCAAAGUUGUUACCAAAAAGAAUGGAAUUAGAUAACCUAGUGAAACAACUGAGUACACCUAGACCAAAAGACCAAAACUAUGUUUUUAAGGAUGGUGUUUCUGUUGGUGCUCAAAAGGCACAACCUCAACAACUGCAGAAGAAACAAGUUAGGAGGAGAUUUCAUACUACUAAGCCUUAUCAAGAAAGGCUUAUGAAUAUGGCAGAAGCUAGGAGAGAGAUUGUCACCGCCUUAAAAUUUCAUAGAGCGUCUAUGAAAGAAGCAAGUGAGCAACAGAAGAAGCAGCAACAAGAAGAAGAAGCUCGAGAACAGGUGCAAAAGCAAUCACUGUCCCUUCAACCUUCACAGCACCAAGGCUUCGAACAGCACCAGAGUUUCGAGCAAGAUGGGAGAUAUAAUAAGUCUAGGAGAAAUCAGAGAAUUUAUCCUUCAUGCAGAAGCAAUUCUUCAAGCUACUUCAAUGAUUUUUCCUAUCCGUCGGCUCCGAAUUCUUACACUUGGCCUUCUGCUUCAACGAUUCUUCCACCGCCGCCGCCGACGACCCUUUUGCCUGAAAAUUUUAUUCUUCCAAAUCAAACUUUGGGACUGAACCUGAAUUUUCAUGAUUUCAACAACUUGGAUAUUACUGUUCAUAUGAAUAGUAACUCAUCAUCAUCAUCUUCACCAUCCUCUUACUCAUCUGGAACCUCAUCUUCUUCUGCUUCACAGGAUGUUCCCUGUGCUGGAACAUCACAGGUAGAUGGGUUUUCUAUUGAUUCACAUGGUGCAACUCAUGCUACUGGAACCUUACACACGGCGAUGAAUGAUGAGGCUAUGGCGGAGAUGAGAUCAUUGGGAGAUCAACAUCAAAUGGAAUGGAAUGAUACUAUGAGUUUGGUUAAAUCAGCUUGUUGGUUCAAGUACUUAAAACACAUGGAACAUGCUGCACCUGAAACUGAAACCAAGGUUGAAAAUGAUGCAUACCGCGAUUUUGAUCAGCCUCUAGAGUUUCCAGCUUGGUUGAAUGCAAAUGAAAGUUGCCUUGAACUAUGCUCAGAGGAUAAUUUACAUGAUUCCACUUUACCUUGCAUGGACAUUGGAGAAAUUGACUGUAUGGAUGACGAUUGGCUAGCUGGUUAGUGUGACAACGGCAAGGAUUGAUUGUUUUCGUUUAAGUCAAGUUUUGCUACUUGUUUUAUUUUUACAUUUGUGGGGAUAGUGGAAACUGUCAAUGUCAUUAUAAUUCUCUUGCCCCAUUUUUUCACUUCUUUUUUGGAUUAUAAAUAAAUAAUAAGGCUUGCAAAUUUCAUUAGAGGCAGGCAUGUUUAGUAUGAGUGAUGAAUAUUUUUGUUUCCAUUA